GCAGACUAUUACUUGUGUUCUGGCACCUUGGCAACCUGCUACCAUGCGCCCCUGCACUUCAGCAAACAGGUUAGAAUUACAUACCGAGUAUCUCGUAAACAGUAUCAGCUGAAGCUCUCACUUAUGGCGUGGACAGAAGAUAUUUAUCCACAGUUUCAGCCGUAUGAUCCAAACGCUUUUCAGAUACUUCCUGCUCCUCAGCAGCCCACCGCUAUCCUGCAGCAGCUCCCAGCGACCAUGAUGCCUCCCGGCUUGGCUCCCUCCAUUAGGCCUGGCGGUCAUGUCAAGGAAGACCUUGUAGAGCUGAUGAUGAUCCAGAACGCCUAGAUGCACCAGGUCAUCAUGAACAAUAUGACCAUGUCAGCUCUCAGGUCAUUUGGAUGGUCAUCUGACCCUCCGCUGCCGGGCCCUGAGGUUCCCAGAGAUCUGGUUAUAAUUCAAGAGAAUGAAGCUGACCCAGAGAUAUACCACUACUAUUACCAGUCUGCCCCAUACCUGUCCUGUCCUUCAUGGCUCCUGCCUCAGGCCACGCUGGUCUGCCAAGAAGACCCCAACAAACCCACUUCUGCUCCGCCACACACAGACAGGCCUGCUGUCCCUCUUCCUCCUCCUCCUCCGCCGCCCGGCACCACUGCCACUGUGGGAGCCGGCGUCGCUCCUGCGGCAGAGAGCAACAGUGCUGGGGGAGAGGCAGAGGGAGAGGCAGAGAAGAAGAGAUCCUGAUAAUUAAUUCACUCACCAAAUAUGCUUUUAAUGGGCACCAGUAGGAAAGAAAACUAUCUUGAGUUAACCGCCACUCAAAGAUCAUGAUUUCACACUUUUGUUUGUCAUUUUCGUGCUUAUUACAAUUAAACAUCUUUCACGUUAAUUUACAAUAAAUGAA